GUUUUAGCAGGUCUGUGUCUUUAGUUGUAGUCUCUUUUGUUGUUUCUGUUGUUUGGUGGUUUGCUGUUGUUUCUUUGUGUCGUUGCUCUGCUUUAAUGAAUUUUCUCUCUUCACAAAAAAGUUAAUUGGUAUAGACAAACUCAAACCGUUAGAAAUUUUGGAUUCUUCUCCUUGGGUCCCGUUUGGCAACAUUCCAGGUAAACACUGCUAUUUUUUUGCCAUUUUUUCUCUGUAUACCGAAUCUCUUCUUUUGUCUCAGUCACUCGAUUUACUCCUUACCAGUGUCAGUUACAGGGUGAAUGCUGCAACAAGUCUUCUCUGACAUCCGUUUUUUCCGAGCAGUAUCAUUUACACAGGCAUGUCUUCUUUCUGGCGAACGACCACACUUCUUUCUAUUAUGUUUUGUGCAUCCUCCCAACUUUGGUUGUGAGAAACAAAACCAGGUUGGGACUAGCUUCGUAUAGUGUGUUCUGAAGUUUUCAAUCUGUGGUUCCCCUUCCCUCAGUUGCAUUUCAUCUGUUUGUCUUCUUUCUUGAAUUUUCCGCAUUGAUUAUUGCACAUAGUUCUUCUUGGGAACCUUAUUAUUUAGUGAUUUUCAGGAUUUUAUCUGUGCAUAAAGCAAGCCAUCCUCUGUAUUUAUGGCUGAGUCUUCUCCCAAUGAAGAUGCACUCCACAAAAUUUGAUGGAUAAUAUUAAACAUCAUUACCUUCAAUAGAAUGGAGGUUAUCCCUUCCUAAGAUCUUAACGUCUCAAAUGGUUAAUCACUCCAGCAGCCUCUAGGAUCUCCCAGCACAACCAAUAAUUUCAUUCGAGCUUUUGGAUUGUAAAGUGCUAUUAUUUUUAAUUUUCAAUUCCUUUCAAUCCAAGAUCUUGUUGGUGAAAUUACAAAACAAAGAAUAAUAUGCUCUUUGCCUUUGAUCUAACCUAGGUCGCCCAAGUCAAAUGACAGGUUAUGUUGCAGUUACAUGUUUUAAUACCAUGGUAUUUAAGCCGUCUCCAAACAAAACAGUAUUAAUUACUUAUUUGAAAUGAUAUUCUCAUCUUUUGUUCAGCCAAAUCAAGCGUUGUCAUAUUACUGCUAAGUCCUAGAGUUGGGUAAACAAUAAUUCUUUGCAACAUACUUUGUUCUGCAAUCAUAGAGUUACAGUUCUGUAAAAUGGAGUCUACCGAGUAUUUUUUGUUCUUUGUGGGCUGAAGGAAGUCAAGUCCAUAUUGGAUGGGUUAAGCUAGUGGACCUGGAGCUACUGAGAUUGAUUUUCUGCAUUACAGAGAUAAAAUUUUUGGUCUUGUUUUGUUUAACUUCAUUGAGCUGGGUUCUUUGAUAACAAUGGCCAUGCCAUUGUUAUGUAAAAUGGUCAUGCCAUGAACAUGACAGAUGAUGACAAUGGUCAUGCCAACAAUACUUGUAUCUUCCAUCUUAAUUGUAUACUUACCAUGAACAGGACAGUUCUACAAAAUGAAAGAAAGGAUGCUCCAGAUGCUUCUACUGUACAAUGAUUUCUUGGGGACACAAUACUUAACAGAAAGAGUGAAAUGUUUCUAGGUUCUAGCUAACAGAUUUGAAAUUUGGUGUAGUAAAAGUCUAGUUCAUUUGAACUCUUCACUGCAUUUGCUUGUUUUGCAGCCAUAGAUUUGUCUGAAACUUUCAAAAUUUCAAGAUUUAAGAAAAAGAAAAGUAAAAUUCCUACAUCUGAACAAUCAUACUGGGAAUCCACAUCAAAGUUUUAUUGGGAGCUGAAUAUGGAGAGGUUUGGUCCUUGCUACUGGAUAUAGAAAACUGAAUGUGGAGAAGUUGGGACUUAAACACAAAUCCAUUCCCGAGGAACAAAUUGCCAAACGUGCAUUAAGGAGAAGACAUGAAGCUUCGACAUGCUAUGGUUUGUUCUUCGAAUCAGAACCGAAGCAUGGAAGCUCAUUCGCUCCUCAAAAGACAGGGUUUCGAUGUCUCAUCCUAUGGUACGGGAGCACACGUUAAACUUCCAGGUCCUUCGUUGAGGGAACCCAAUGUUUAUGAAUUUGGCACGCCAUAUAAGCAGAUGUUUGAUGAUCUCAGACGGAAAGACCCUGAAUUAUACAAGCGUAAUGGCAUCUUGUCAAUGCUUAAGAGGAACUCAAGUGUCAAACUUGCACCUCAACGUUGGCAGGAGAAUGCUGCUGAUGGCUCCUUUGACGUGGUAUUUACAUUUGAAGAGAAGGUUUUUGAUAUGGUUAUUGAAGAUCUCAACAAUCGGGAGCAUGUCCUGAUGAAGCCUGCACUGGUGAUCAAUUUGGAUGUAAAAGAUAACCAUGAGGAAGCAGCUGUGGGAGCUAGGCUUGCCCUUGAUUUAUGCUAUGAGAUUGAAGCAGUUGAUUCAUGGGAGGACGCAAUUGAUGACGUUGUAACUUCAUUUGAAAGGCAGCAUAGGAGGAAGCUAUUGUACAGCAUCUGCUUCUAUUAAAUGUGUCAUGGAUUCAUGGGUGCACAGGGAGAAAGAUGGCCUCUAAAUUUUGAGGCCCAUAUUGCUUGACUUUAUAUCUUUGCAUUUGUUCUUUUUACUGUUACAAAUCCCAUGGUUUACCUGGAUUGUAGCCUUACUAUGUGCUUACACUGAUGUUUCAUGGAACUAUUUGUUUGUUCAAUGUAUCAUAUAACAUUAUUUAGCAGUAGGCUUAUUUUGAAUCAAAUUAGCAGGCUUAACUACUAA